CCUCAGCGUCCGCCCCGCCCCUCCCGCGCUGCGAGAGCCGCGCCGGGGCAGAGCCGCGCGGGCGGGCGGAGGCGCGCGCCGGCCACUGCAGCUCCGUGUGCCGCUGCCGCCUCCCGCCGCUCACGUGCAACCGCUGUCCGGCGCCGAGCUCCGGCUUGUGACCGCUUUGUUGCUCCAGACCGCCGGCACCAUGCACGCGCCGGGCUCUGUGGGCCCGGGCGACGCGCGCGCGAUCUUUUACCUGUGACUCAAUGUUCCUAAGUCUGAGGAACAAGGCCAAAUCUGCAUUGACUCUACCUUUAAUGGAGCCCAUGGUGUUCAACCACCAAAGUAACACCCUGACUUGAGAAUGCUGUGGUUGACAUCAUGGACAUAUGUGAAUCAAUCCUGGAGAGGAAGCGGCAUGACAGCGAAAGGUCUACGUGCAGCAUCUUGGAGCAGAAUGACAUUGAAGCUGUUGAGGCUCUUGUUUGCAUGAGCUCCUGGGGUCAAAGAUCCCAGAAAAGUGACAUGUUCAAAAUAAGACCCCUCACACCCGUGUCUGACUCUGGGGAUGUCUCCACCACUGUGCAUGUGGACACAGCAGCAUCUGAGCUACCAAAGGACUUCCAUUCUUUAUCCACUCUGUGCAUGACUCCUCCUCAGAGCCCUGAUCUCAUGGAGCCAUCUACAGGGAUGCUUGCUUCUUCCCAAGUAACUGAUUCGAAAGCUUGCAUGAUCACAGACACCCGCCCAUCCUCUGCUGGGGCAGACAAAGUGCUAGGCAGGAGGGCAGAGAAGGGCCUGCCUGCUGUGAAGUCAGAGCGGCUGGAGCCAGCCCCUGACGCCCCCUGCAGGGCCAUGGUGACAAGUGUCAUCCGUCAUACUGGGGAGAGCACUGCUUCUCCCCAUGUUUCUCCCACCCACAUUCAAGACCACCAGCUUUCAGACAGCAGAGAAGGAAAAGCCCAGCGUCUCAGACUUCCGGAGUCUUUGCAAGACACUCACCUCACAGACAAUUUACUCAGUGCUAACUCUGUGUCCACAUGUCAGCCUUGCUUGCACAAGUCUGGUGGCUUGGUCCUCACUGACAAAGGCCAGCAGGCAGAGUGGCCAGUUGCAGUUCAGACCUCCUCACCAAAGAAUUACGAAAGUGACUUGCCAAGUAAAGCCACCCCUCUGAUUUCUGUUCCCGUCUCCAGCCCUGCUGUCCUUUGCCAAAUGAUCCCUGUGACUGGACAGAGUGGCAUGUUGGCAGCAUUUUUGAAGCCCUCUCCCCAGGUGUCUGCAGGGACUGUCAAACCCAUCCUGCCCCAGGCUGCUCCAAUGGCCCAGCCUGUGUUUGUGGGAUCAUCUGUGCCUCAGGGAGCUGUGAUGCUGGUCCUGCCGCAGGCUACUCUCCCCCAGCCUGCCACCUGCCCAUCAAGCGUGAUGGCCGUCGGGAAUACCAAGUUACUCCCCCUGGCCCCUGCCCCAGUGUUCAUCACCUCCAGUCAGAACUGUGUCCCUCAGAUAGACUUUUCCCGAAGAAGAAACUACAUGUGUAACUUCCCAGGCUGCCGGAAAACCUACUUCAAAAGUUCCCACCUCAAGGCUCAUCUUCGUACUCACACAGGAGAGAAGCCUUUCAGUUGUAGCUGGGAUGGUUGUGACAAGAAGUUUGCUCGCUCAGAUGAACUUUCCCGCCACCGCAGAACACACACAGGAGAAAAGAAGUUUGUGUGCCCGGUAUGUGACCGACGCUUCAUGCGUAGCGACCACCUGACGAAGCACGCCCGGCGCCACACGACCACCAAGAAGACCCCUGGCUGGCAGGCAGAGGUUGGCAAACUGAACAGAAUUGCCUCCGCAGAGAAACCUGGGAGCCCGCCAACAGGGUUGCCAGCCUCUUCCUGAAAGCGUGACUAGAGAGUUGCUAAUAGGAAUUUUCACACUUUUUUUUUUUUUCAGGAAUGGAACUGCCAUUUCCUGCCCCCCAACCCCGUCAAAAAAAUUGUUGUUGGGGCUAGGGGAAAGUGGGUAGCUGGUUCUGAAGAAAGUAUGCUAACUCUUCUUUUUUUGUUGGAACCCUGUUCAGUAUCUUUUGUAAUUGUAAUUUUCAGGGAAAAAAAAAUUUUUUUUUUUUUUGAGGAAAUGGAAGUAAAAUUGAUAAACCUAAAUCACCAGCAUUCAGAUGUUUCGGCAAUAAAGUUUACAAGAUUGGGAUUUUUACAGUCUUUUUAUUCAUGUUUUGUAGAAAUAAGACAGGGUACUGAUUUUUAUACUGUUUUUUAUAAGAAUAUUUAUAUUUUUGGUGCUGAAAUCACCAGUUUCUAGAUAGAUGAUUUUACAAUCUUCUUUUCAAGAUUUAAUAGUGACGUUUUUAUAACCUCACUUUUAGUAAAGUCAUGUUAUUCAGCAAAAGAAAAAUUAAAAAGGAAAGUCUGUGAUUUCACCCUUUAGCAUGAAGAGUUUUUAAAGAUCAGAACUGAUUGAGUAAUGGGCUCUUAAAGAAAGGGGGAGUGUGGGGCGGUGGGUACAGUCAACUUCUUCAUUUUCACAGGAAAUUCCUAGUAACUAUUUCCUUUAAGGCUGUUUGGUCGAGAGCUUAAAAUUCUAGUUAAGUGAACUAGUCACCUGUGCCUGUGGUGUAAAUUGUCAAGCCCAGGGGCUAGUUUAAAAUGCUCUGUAGAUGCCUGGUUUGCAGACAGCUACUUGAGGGUCUGAGUGUCCCAAGUUUCUUUCUUUUUAAUAUUUUAUUUAUUUAUUAAUGAGAGGUAUAGGAGGAGAGAGAGAAAGAACCAGACAUCACUCUGGUACAUGUGCUGCCAGGGAUUGAACUCGAGACCUCAUAGCUUGAGAGUUCAACACGUUAUCCACUGUGCCACUUCCCGGACCACGAGUGUCUGAGUUUUAUUAGACCAUUUCUCUGCUGAGAGAGCAAACCAUUCACAGGUUCCUGUGUGUACUUCAGACACUCAGACAGAAUGUAAGCAUUCAAACCCAGCCACUCUGUCAGAUGUCCAUUAACUCCUUUUGCUGUGGCCUUAUUCAGAGUAUUUUGUGGGUAGAGCAACUUAGGGAAAAAGAUGUCCUUCACUGGUUAGAGGAAUGUUCCAAUGAUUUGAUAGAAGAGUGAUGUUCCAUAGCAGGGGAAUUGCCCAGCCAUCUGUUUUGUUUGAAAGAAAUGGUUUCAGUAAAAUAGAUAAUCAGGAUGGAGGUCUACCUAGAGAAUGGACAGCCGGCACCACUUUGCAGCCCUGUCCUACCUGUCCUGGAGGCUACCGGCCAGGCUCAAGAAUCCACGAUGGAGCAUCGGAGGCUAUGGCGUCGGGAAGCCAGGCAGCAGGUGAAUGUGAGGAACAUACCAGGUGGGCUGUGUCCAGAGCCUGGGAUUGGUCUUUACAGUGACUGCUCAGGUUUUGACUCUCGUCUCUGGCACUUGUCUUUUAUCGAAAUGAUGCUAAGGUGAGAUACUGAAUGAACACAGGUUUGUGUUCAGGUUCUUUCAGUCUGAUAAAUCCCUCACUGGGUCACUCGUAUGUUGCUUGAUGCCUGUUAUGCUUUGCUGCCCAUUACUAUCAACUAAUCAGCUUCAGUCUGAAUAAGCGCUGCCUGCUGUAUCUUCAGGAGGCUUUCACGUUUUUUAACAAUACAGUCGCAAGAGGACCACCGUUAAAUGUACAUAGCUCAUGUUUCCCCACUGCCCAGUCCCUUCAAUAUUUCAGAUUAUGUGAAUGCCAUGAAAAAUGCCAUCAGAUUAGGAUCUUUUAUUUAACCAUGCACCAUAAUGUUAGUCCUAAUGUUCUGGUCAAUGCUACAAGGCCUUUGGAGUAUUUGGUUGCUUGUCACAUUGAACUUCAUUCUGGGAGCAGUGUUAUUCCUGGAGACUGGCCCUGUUAAAAAGUGUUUGGGUUUACACUUCCAUUUCCUGAUGAGAGUUAAAGAUACCAUAUAAGUUGGGAAAUAGUUUUUGUCUGAAAAAUACUCUCCUGAGAACCAGGACCCCCCUCCCCCACCCCAACUUGUUGCAAUGUGGGGUCCCUCUGCUGAGGCACAGGUGUCAGAAGCAGAGCAUGUGGCAGGUCCCCCCCCACCACCAGUGCACUUUAUUGCUUGAGCAGUUUUGCUUGGUCUUUUGUUGUUAUUUGUUUUGUUUUUUACUUUGAGCCUUUGAAGUAGUUUCAGUAAUAAAAUUUUAAAUGUUUCAGAAUUAUGUUUUAUAAGACUUAGACUUAUUAUUUAAAUGACUGUGUGUGAUGUAACUCCUCAUUGAAUCAUAUAAAACUUAUGAUUGGCAAACUGG